GCUCAAGAUAGUUGAUAUAGUCGUCCAUAGAAUUGAGUACCUAUCGGAAUGGCAUCCGGUCCUCAGUAGGCUACGUACGUGUAGCUGAUACAGUCUCAUCCUGCCCAUCUUUCCCCUGAGAUCACAACACAAUCCAAUCAAACCAGACCAACCAUUCACCAAGAUGGUCUCGUUUCCCUUCUUCAUCUACCACAACCUGUUUCACCACCCCCCAACCCCAAGCACCCCCCUCACCAACCAAACAAUAAUAAUCACCGGCUCAAACACAGGCCUUGGCCUCGAAGCAGCCCGCCACAUCGCCCGCCUCGGCGCCUCCAAAAUAAUCCUCGCCGUCCGCAACACAGCCGCAGGCCACGAAGCCGUCAAAUCCAUCGAAGAAUCCACGAAGCGUCCCGGCAUCUGCGAAGUCUGGGAAGUAGAUCUAGCCUCGUACGCCUCCGUCCUGUCCUUCGCAGACCGCGCAAAUGCUCUCCCCCGCCUCGACGCAGUCAUUGAGAACGCAGCCCUGGCGACUCAAAACUACCAGCUGGCGGAGGGCCACGAGCGCUCCAUCACCGUCAACGUAAUCAGUACCGUCCUCCUAGGCUUGCUCCUUCUCCCGAAGCUACGGGAAACGGGGAAAUUGUAUCCAGGGAGAAAGCCAACGCUCAGCAUCGUCGUCAGCGAAGUGCACGCUUGGACUAAGUUCCCUGAAUGGCGAAGCGAGAAUACCUUCUCCGCUUUGGAUGACCAGGCUACUACGGAUAUGUACGAGCGGUAUCCGACGUCGAAGCUGGUCGGGAUUCUUGCCGUGAGGGAGAUGGUGGCGAGGCUAAGGGACGAGAGUGUCGUGGUUAAUAUGAUUAACCCGGGAUUUUGUCAUUCGCAGCUUGCGCGCGAGGGCGGGUGGAGUAUGGCGGUUAUGAAGAUGGUUUUGGCGAAGUCGACGGAGGAGGGGAGUAGGACUUUGGUUGCGGGUGCGGUUGGGGGUGUGGAGAGUCAUGGGCAGUAUAUGGAUUGUGGGAGGGUGGCACCAGAUUAUUUGUCUGAUUUUGUGAGGAGUGAGGAUGGGGGGAGGGCGCAGAGGAAGGUUUGGGGGGAGUUGGGGGAGAUUCUGGAGGGGGUUAAGAGUGGGGUUUUGGGGAAUUUGUAG